AUGCCGAAUCACAACUGCUACCUGGCCGUUUCGCUGGAUGAUGAGACCAAAGCAUCGCUUGGGGAGGUGGCCGAGUCCUUGACGUCAUCCCCGGCGCUCCUCAACCUUCCCGCAGACACCGGGUUCGAUGCCGUGGAGCCGGAGGCAAUGCACAUGACGUUCCUCUUCUUCGGAGAGCAUGCUCGCAGGCUGCCUGCUGCGGUAUUGGAGGCAUUGCACCAGAGGCUUUGCAGCGAACUGCUGGCGGAGGGCCUGACUGCUCCUAUGGCCUUCCGCGGCUUCGAGGUCUUCGGCAAGAUGAACGUGAUCGUUGCCACCUUUGACGCUCCCAAGGCCAUGCUCGACCUGCGCGAGAGGGUCCUCCAAGCUUGCUUUCAGGACUUUGGCUUUCCAGACACGCUCCACAAGCUGCUCAAAGAGCAGGUCGUUUGGAUACCGCACGUCACGCUCGGGAAGAUCCGGGCCACCCGAGCGCAGCUGGGCGCCCUGAGCACGAAAAGGCUGCGCGCCUCCCUCGCGACUGCGCAGCCUAAGGGACUGACACUGCUUGGAGAGCGGCCACUGAGGGUGCGGCUGGAUUGGGAUGCGGCUCUUGAGUUUGCCCCGCCGUCGCCCACGGAGUAA